AUGGCGUUUGCUGGGACAAAUAUCAGUUUGUCCCAGCCGGAUAUCACGCAGAAACUAACGGAGCGCAUAGACGACCUGAAGCAAAAGAUCGCUGCUUGGGGGAAGCGGAUUCGACGAUUUUCCGAGAGGUCAAGGCGGUUCAACCAGAAUCGUCUCUUCCAGAGUGAUCAGAAGAGGCUCUAUAAAUCAUUGGAGCGACCAAAGGUAUGUGGAGCGGGCCAAGGACUGGAUCAGGCUGUCAUUAUCGCAUUCCGGCGUGGCCUGUGGUCAGAGCCCGUAAACCACAGCGAGGGCCCUUGGAUGGAAGUUGUGGCGAGCCAGGGUGCGAGUGUUACGCCUAUGGACCCCAUCACCAUAACGCCAGAAGACGUGGCUGAGGCGGUCUGUAGGGCCCCGAACUGGAAAAGUCCGGGGCUCGACGGGCUGCAUCAUUACUGGCUGAAGGGGUUCAUAGUAUUGUCACGCUGUGCUCGCCCGACAGUUUCAAGAGGCUCUCGACCAGAAGUCACUCCCGAGCCUCUUCACUACUGGAAUCACUCACUUGGUUCCUAA